UGAGUUUACGCAAGACACAGAAACAGCCGAAGAAGGUGAGGUCACUGAGAACUGCCAGUCAUGCAUGCGCAAAGAAGUUAACACUGUGGAAAGAGAUGGUGAUGAUGACAAUGAUGAUGAAGAGGAGGAUGAAGACUGGGACUGGGAUGAUGAGCUGGGGAGACUCAUGAAGCGCCACAACGCUGCUGGCGGAUGCAACCCACAGGCUAAUAGACAGACCCAUAGUUGCUAUUCAGCAAAAAUGUCUACCCCUACAGACAAGGCUUUAAGGAAAUUUGAACAUAAAAUUAAUUUAGAUAAGCUAAAUUUUGAUGACUCUGUUAUAAACAGAGUCACAGAAAAGUCUAGACAGAAGGAAGCAGACAUGUACCGAGUCAAAGACAAGUCAGACAGGGCCACAGUAGAACAGGUGUUGGAUCCAAGGACCCGAAUGAUUCUGUUCAAGAUGCUAACCAGAGGUGUCAUAUCGGAAAUCAAUGGCUGCAUCAGCACAGGGAAGGAAGCUAAUGUGUAUCAUGCCAGUACUGCAAAUGGAGAGAACAGAGCAAUAAAAAUUUACAAAACCUCUAUUCUGAUGUUUAAAGAUCGGGAUAAGUAUGUGAGUGGUGAAUUCAGAUUUCGUCACGGAUAUUGCAAAGGCAACCCAAGAAAAAUGGUGAAGACGUGGGCUGAAAAAGAAAUGAGGAAUUUAAUAAGGUUGAAUACAGCCCAGAUACCUUGCCCAGAGCCAAUUAUGCUAAGAAGUCAUGUGCUUGUCAUGGGCUUUAUUGGUAAAGGUGAUAGGCCUGCUCCUCUGCUGAAGAAUGCUCAGUUAUCUGACUCCAAAGUCCGGGAGCUGUACCUGCAAAUCAUCCAGUACAUGAGAAGAAUGUACCAAGAUGCCAGACUUGUUCACGCAGAUCUCAGUGAAUUUAAUAUGCUAUACCACAGUGGGGAUGCGUACAUCAUCGAUGUGUCUCAGGCUGUGGAGCAUGACCACCCACAUGCGCUGGAGUUCCUGCGAAAGGAUUGUGCCAACGUUAAUGACUUCUUCCAGAAGCACAAUGUUGCAGUGAUGACUGUGAGGGAGCUGUUUGAGUUUAUUACUGAUCCUUCUGUCACAAGCGAGAAUCUUGAUGACUAUCUGUCUAAGGCAAUGGAAAUAGCAUCAAAAAGAACAGAGGAGGAAAGAUCCAGUCAAGAUAAAGUGGAUGAGGAAGUGUUUAAGAAGGCUUACAUACCUCGAACUUUGACUGAAGUUAAAAACUACGAAAGAGAUGUGGAUAUAAUGAUGAAACUGAAAGAAGAGGAUAUGGCAUUGAAUGUUCAGCAAGAUAAUAUUCUCUACCAGACUGUGACAGGACUGAAGAAGGAUUUGUCUGGCGUUCAGAAGAUUCCUGCACUUCUUGAAAAGAAGUCAGAUGAGUCAGAAACGGACUCUGAUGAUGAUGGCAGCUCAGAGGGUUCUGAUUCGUGCUGUGAAGAAUCUGUACAUCCCAAAGAUAAACCUGCUGAAGUUAGCAUGGACAAAAAGGAAAGGAAAAAGAUGGUUAAAGAAGCCCAAAGAGAGAAGAGAAAAAACAAAAUCCCAAAGCAUGUGAAGAAGCGGAAAGAAAAGACUGCAAAAAUGAAGAAAGGCAAAUAA